GAAAUUCGCUGGAUUGUUUCGACGAAGAAACCCCACGCUCAAAAUCAGCCCCUUGUAGAGUUGCUCCAGCCGACGCGGCACACGUCGACGACACAGCAAGGCUGACAUCUCUGAAUCAUAUACAUAAUUGAUUCAUAACACAGGCAGUCAACAUGGCUUCCGCAACCGCAGCGCCGCCCAAGGCCAAGCAUGACUGGGCCGACGACGACGACAUCGAGGAGACCUCCUCCGAACUCCCCCCUCCCCAGACCAUCUCCAACAAAGACGGCACCAAGACCAUCAUCACCUACCGAUACAACGACCAGGGCCAGAAAGUCAAGACGACUCGCCGCGUCCGCUACAUCACCCAAACCGAGACAGUCAACCCCCGUGUCGCACACCGGAAAACGUGGCCCAAGUUCGGCCUGAGCGCCAAGGACCCCGCGGGCCCUGCCCCCGAUACCACCUCCGUCGGCGAGAACAUCAUCUUCCGACCCAGCGUCUCCUGGCGCAAGGAUGCCAAGGAGGAGAGCACCGACCAGAACGCCCAGGCCAUGAAGGCCCAGCUCAAGGACAAGCAGGUCAAGUGCCGUAUCUGCAACGGCGGACAUUUUACAGCCAGAUGUCCCUACAAGGACACGAUGGCGCCUGUUGGCGAGCCGAGCGCCGGCGAUGCCCCUCCCGUGGACGAUGUGGCAGCAGCUGCUGGUGCUGCCGGUGCUGGAAAGAAGGGCUCAUACGUCCCACCUGCUCUGCGUGGCGACCGUGGUGGAGCUGGCGAGCGCAUGGGCGGAUCAAAAUUCGGCGAGAGGGACGACUUUGCGACACUGCGUGUCACCAACGUCUCCGAGAUGGCGGAAGAGUCAGAACUGCGCGAUAUGUUCGAGCGCUUCGGUCGUGUCACCAGAGUCUUCCUUGCCAAGGACCGGGAAACCGGCAUGGCCAAGGGGUUUGCUUUCAUCAGCUUUGCGGACCACAGCGAUGCUGUCACGGCAUGCAACAAGAUGGACGGUUUCGGUUUCAAGCAUCUCAUUCUCAGGGUGGAGUUUGCCAAGAAGGCUCAGUAAGGAAAAAAUUGCAAAGGGCCUUGUUUUCUCUUGUUGCGGGAUGGUUAGGGAGAUAUGGUAAUGCAUUUGCUGUGACUAUUUUGCUGAAUAGCUAAAAUUGUGUCUUCUUUUUGGCAUGGCCACUGAAAGUGUCGACGAAUGCGGGUCUGUGACUGAUUUGACAUGAAUUGUUAUAGACCAUUGUAUAUGCAGGCAUCGAGGACACUUGAAGUAGGUAGCUAGGUGGUUCUUAUUCAAGUUGCAAAUUAAUGUUGUUGAUA